AUGACAAGAAGAGACGGUUCUGUUGAUCAAAAUACUGACCAAAGUACUGAGCAUAGUACUGAUCGAAGGCAGUCUGAGGCCUUUCGCAGGGAAAUACGUGCUGGUUAUCAUGCCAUACAUAAUCGGAUUAAUGUGGGAAGAGAUGAGAUAGCAAGUGCAGAUUCACCAAUGUUUAAAACCAUCCUCGAAGAUGUGGAAAAGUUGCAUCAGCAAGCUUUUACCAGUUUGCUGUUGCCUAAUUCCCCUGUACGAGAUCCUCACUUCUGCAACAGAUGCAACUCAAUUGUUAAACCAAGGGAGCAAGUUGCAGAUGCACAGGUUAUGCUUAAUCUUACUACCACGUUGCUCACCUCGACUGAAUCGCUUGGUCUUGGGGCAUUCACCCCCGCAAACUUUGUUUCUUCACUAAAAAGACAGUUUGCGGAAGAUUCUCAGAGAAUACAAUCUGGGAAUUCUUCAAAUUCAAUCAGUUGGAAAGCUAUUGGCCGUGCUGCUGCACAUGUUUUCAAGCAAGGAAUAGGAUGUCGGACCAUGCAAGUCUUGUUGAAUCCUCAAGUCUCUGUCAAUUCAGAGGAGGAGACGCAGAAUGAUAUGAUUGUUGCAGUGAUGUUUGGUGCCCUGAAGAGAAAUAAUCCUGUUAAGCUUGACAAUCUUAUACUUAACAGGCAUUCCUUUGCUCAAACGGUAGAGAAUCUGUUUGCACUCUCUUUCUUAGUAAGAGAUGGUCGGGUUUUCAUGGAGGUGGAUGAAAACGGCUCUCAUUUAGUUUCUCCAAGAAAUGCUCCCGUUCGCCGUUCAGUUGUGAGCGGGGAGGUUAAAUACAGCCACUUUAUUUUCAGACUUGACUUUGCUGAUUGGAAGCUUAUGAUGGAUUCAGUGCCAAGGGGUGAAGAGCUCAUGCCACACAGGAAGUAUGUGGACGAUCCAGCUGAUGAAGAGCUUGAAGUAGAGUUGGAGACAAAGAACGUUCAACUGCUGUUAGAUACACCUCCACCACCAGGUGUAUCUCAGGAAAAGUGUGAAUUGAAAGGAUUUGAAAUGGGAGAAUCUUCAAGAAAACGUCGGCAACUCCUACCAGAAAUGACUGAAACUGGUCGGGCCAGCAACCCAAAGUGCAGGAGAAAGCUACUCUGA